GCGGCAAGAUUUGAGCUCAUGUCUUCCCAACUCCAGGUCCACCACUCUAGCUGCUGAGCCACCUAGCUGCCUCUAACCACUGUGGUAACAUGUUGGCUUCCAUUUGGGGAACCACUGCCAUUAAAUUUAGGAGCACAUUUCAGUUUUUAAAAAUAGCUGCUGGGUGGCAUCGCCCGGAAGGGGUGGUGUCCGGAGAUGAGACCCCGAGGCUGAAUUCCGGAUCAGACAAGAUAGCCGCGCUGCCCCGCAGGAUUAUUAAGGAAACCCAGCGUUUGCUGGCAGAACCAGUUCCUGGGAUAAAAGCAGAACCAGACGAAAGCAACGCACGUUAUUUUCAUGUGGUCAUUGCAGGCCCACAGGAUUCCCCCUUUGAGGGAGGGACUUUUAAACUUGAACUAUUUCUUCCAGAAGAAUACCCAAUGGCAGCUCCUAAAGUACGUUUCAUGACCAAAAUUUAUCACCCUAAUGUAGACAAGUUGGGAAGAAUAUGUUUAGAUAUUUUGAAAGAUAAAUGGUCUCCAGCAUUGCAGAUUUGUACAGUGCUGCUCUCAAUCCAAGCUUUGUUAAGUGCUCAGAAUCCAGAUGAUCCAUUAGCAAAUGAUGUAGCUGAGCAGUGGAAGACCAAUGAAGCCCAAGCCAUAGAAACAGCCAGAGCAUCGACUAGGCUAUAUGCCAUGAAUAAUAUUUAAAUUCAAUCUCAACAUCAAGUGUGCAUCACUUCUCCUGUUCUGCCAAGACCUCUUCCUUUUUUGUUUGCAUUUAAUGGACACAGUCUUAGAAACAUUACAGAUUAAAAACCCAGACCAUCUUUAGUCCUUUGGUGAUUAAAUGCACAUUAGCAAAUCUCUGUCUUGUCCUGAUUCACUGUUGUAACGCAUGAGCAGAGGCUAGAAGUAUCAUCUGGAUUGUUGUGAAAUUGUUUAAAAGCAGUGGUCCAGCUCUGCUUUUAUUCAUUUCUCCCAUCAUGGUUUAAGUAUCAGCACUGUGAAUGAAAGUAGUUGUCGGUUAGCUGCAGGGGUAUGUCUUUUUUUCCUUCAAGUUUUGUGGGCUCCUUUUCCCUUUUUAUGGUGACGAUAAUUGCAUUGGUUAAAGCAGCUAACCAGUUGUACUUUAGAAUAUGCCCUCUAGCCAAGUCUAACUCCUUAGACACUGUAGAUGGACAAGCUUGGUUGUUUGAACAAAAAUAGGAACAUUAAACAUCACAGCCCUCACUAAUAUCGUGAUUCUGCUGUCAAGUGUAGAAACCUCCCUUCAAGAAAAGCUUGUGACCAUUUUGUAUGGCUUGUCUGGAAACUUCUGUAAAUCUUUAUGUUUUAGUAAAAUAUUUUUUGUUAUUCUAAAAAAAAAAAAAUAGCUGCUACAGGGGCAGCUAGGUGGUGCAGUGGAUAGAGUACCGGUCCUGGAGUCAGGAGGACCUAAGUUCAAAUCUGCCCUGACACUUAACACUUACUAGCUGUGUGACCCUGGGCAAGUCACUUAACCCCAAUUGCCUAACCAAAAAAAAAAAAAGAAUAGCUGCUACUUUUGAACUGGGGUGUCUUGGAAACUCAGUUUUUAAUUAUCUUUUCUUUUGAUGUUGGCAUGUAAUUGAGCAUUGUCUUGUUAUUAGUUUUGUAUAUACAUCUAACCUUCCUGAAAAACUUUAGAUCAGCAUUACCUCUCUUGUAUUUUCCCUCACCCUACCCCAGCCCACACACAGUGAUUAGCGCUUAACUAGAUAUUGUAUGACUAUUUUGUGAAGUGAAUUGUGUUUUUUUCCAAAGAAAUAAGAGUUUUCAUUUUAGGUCUGACUUGAUUUUUAAUCCUGUGCCUUUCAUAUCUUUCUUCCUUUUUC